GCAGGAACGAGUUUAACGAAAUAUUUUCAACAAUUUUCUUGCAUUUUUUCAUUUUUUACAUCAAUGAAUAACAUGACAGCAAAUAAUUUUUAUAAAUAAGAAUGGUUUCGUUUCAUUAAAUCAUGGCUUUCUUUUAAAAUCAAUGGAUUGCACGGCAAAAUGCCGGCUGUCUUACCAUGCUGACGUGGUCCUGUCCGUGGUGACAAGGGAGAGUGUGGAAAAAAUCCAACAUUUCAUGAAAUACUUUUGUGGCAAAGGAACUUGUGUAAAGGACAAUCAUGGAAGAAAUGCAGUUCAUAUUGCUGCAUCUUAUGGAAGAAAAGACGUCCUACAAUGGUUACUAGAUGAGAAGAAAAUUAAUUUACACGAGAAAGAUUUCGAAUGUGGUUGGACAGGUUUACAUCGUGCUUGUUACUAUGGCUAUAUAUCCUGUGCCAUCCUGCUUAUUGAGCAUGGAGCAGAUAUUUAUACAAAAGAUUUUGAUGGCCUAUCUCCUCUUGAUCUUAUGAUGUUUGACAGUCCACGAUGUCACAUGACCAAUGAUCCAGAGUGUGGUCUCGAUGUGUACAGCUGGGGCCAGAAUAACAACUUUACCCUUGGUCAUGGUGAUGAAAAAGAGAGAAAUUUACCAGAAAUUAUCGACAUCUUUGCUGGGCUAAAUUAUGUUUCCAUUAAACAGGUUGUUUUGUGUAAAUUUCAUGCUGUUUUCCUUGCAAAUGAUGGAGGCAUAUGGACUUGUGGUCAUGGCCAAGGUGGCCGGCUAGGACACGGAAAUGAAAACACAAUUUUGAUUCCAAAGAGGAUUGAAGCCUUAAAACAGGAAGUAUGCAGGACCGUAGCUGCUGGACAAGAUCAUACUGUUGUUCUUAGUGAAAAUGGUAAUGUCUACACUUUUGGUCUGAAUGAACAUCAUCAACUUGGCCAUUCUUCUAUCAAUAAAUGCCUUGCACCAAAACUAGUACAAAUGAAAUAUUCAAAAGGGAAGAAAUUUGUUGGUGUUGCUGCUGGAAAAUACCACUCUGUAAUUUUUACUGAAUCACAGGUGUAUUCAUGGGGAUUGAAUGCUGGACAAUUAGGUCAUAACAAACUUGACAAAACUCAGGUUGUUCCUCGACAGAUCAGCAGUCUUCAUUUUAAAGAUACUUUGAUUCUCUCAGUGACAUGUUCUGAUGUAGCAACUGUUUGCCUGACAAAACAAGGAGAUGUCUAUCUCAUUUAUCAUUUUGAUAUAAAGAAAAUUAUCUCAAAAUUGCCAAAUACAUCAAAAAUUGUAGUCAGCGGUGGAUGUUUCGGUGAUUUUACACCAUUGAAUGAAACCACGAACGCAAAAUAUCCUCCUUUAGUCAUCUAUGGUCUCUAUGGUGAUGGUUAUGUUUUUCAAUGGACUGAAAGAGAUCAGUGUAUACGAGAUUGUCGUUGGAUGGCACAAACGCCGUUAGUUAUUCGAGAUAUUGCUCAUGGUAAAUCUUUGCAUCUUGUUACAGAUAAUGGUGAGGUGUACAAUGAAGUUGGAUCUAGUAAUGUGGUGAAAAAAUCCGCGCGGUUUUCAUCAAUGAAUCAAAAUAAGAUGAAAAACAGUCAUGUAUUAAAACAAGACGAAUAUAUAGGCAUCUCGUUACAGCGCAUGCGUCUGCUUUAUGGCGCCAAACACAUCGCUUGCGAUAAAUAUUCGUUAAACUUUGCUGUACUUCAGGUUAAACCGUUUUUGGGCGUGUCAGACAAGAUAAAUAUUUCACCUUCAAACAUGUCGUGUGAUUUGAAAUCAUUGUAUGAGAGACGUGGUGAAUAUCACGAUCUUGAAAUUAAGGUAAAAAAGAAGAGUAUUUUUGCCCAUCAAGUUAUUAUGGCUCAAGUCAGCAAAACCUUUCGUAACUACAUUAAUGACGCUAAACAAAAAUCAAGUUCCAUUCCCAUCAUACACCUGGGAGACGAAAAUUAUGAUGUCAUUCGUGAAAUAUUGGAAUAUGCGUACACCGGAAGUUGUUCGUCAUUACCCGCGAUUCCUCACGAUGAUCCAGACUCUGAACAGUGUCAACUGACGGAUAUUGAUAUACUGAAUGAACUGGCGCUCAGUUUGGAAAAUGUUGACCUGGAACUCUUGGGAACAGUAUACCGUGACUCAAACAUUGAUAUUAACACGUCAAGAAAGAAAGGAAAAAACAGUAAAGAAAAAAAAUACAUCAACAACAAUGAAAUGUCUGAAAACACAAAGGAGUUAUUACGUUUGGCGAAGAAAUACAACAUGAAUGACCUCAUUACAAGGAUUCAGCAUAAGUCUCAUGAAAUCACGAAAAUGAAGAAACGAAUUUAUCGCAGAAAACUACUGGAGUAUUGUGAUGUUGUUAUUCAAUCUGAUGACGGUGUGGAGUUUUCUUGUCAUAAAUGUAUUCUUACAUCAAGACUUGAGUAUUUUGCUAUGAUGUUGAAUAGUUUUUGGAUAGAGUCAUCAAAGGAGUUUGCUCGUUUAAAGAUUCCCAUACAUUCACGUAUUCUUAAAGUUAUCAUUGAAUAUUUAUACACAGACGAAGCACCAUCCGUAAGAGAUAGUAAAGAUCUUGACUUUCUCAGUGAAGUACUUUCUGUAACAAAUCAGUUGUGGAUCAUUCGACUGCGAGAGUUAUGUGAAGAGACAUUGAUAUCAUUGCUGUCCUUAAAGAAUGUAUGUGAGAUGUUGGAAGUUUCCAUUGUUUUCAACGCGUCUAAUUUGAAACACGUUUGUCUUGAAUUCAUUUGUAUGAAUAUUUGUUAUUUGUUUGAAGUUGGUGGUCUUGAGGUUCUAGAUGAAGAAACGCUUGAAGAGGUUUCAAAAGCCUACAGAAACAAGAUAUCAAGCAAAGCAUGGCGGGUACUGACACCAAACGAUAUUCAUCUCUCGGUCCCAUGGCCCCAGAUGGAAAGUCCUAGCAAGAGAAAGACCUCCCGCGCUCAGAGGCGAUCGAGGACAAGUGAAAGUGAUGUCAUAGAGGAGCGGAAUUUCCAUGAGGAAAAUCACAAGACUAUUGGUGAAAAGAAAGAAAAAACCAAACAUAAAGACGGAAACCCAGUUACGGACGAGUGUAGGACAGCAGACAGCAUGACUGCAACACAAAAUAAAAAGAUGGCAAAUUCCAUUACAGAUGAAAUGAAUAUCGUGGAGAAUUGUUCUGUCGUAGCGUCCUCCGUUGAAAUGAAGGAAAAUGUAAUCUUCGAGGGAGCACCUGUUGACAUUACGUCAAAAGAUACAGAAAUUAAAGGAAAACAGCCAUGGCAAAUAUCUCGUUUUAGCCCUCCAUCUUCCAAAUUGCGCGACAUUAUGAAAAAAGAGCAACAAGAAAAUAUGUCUGUUGGCGUCAAGAAAGAUGGAAAGAGUCCCCCAGCCAUUAAAACGCGAAUGUCUCAAAAAGAAAAAAAGAAAUUGCGGAAAUCAUUAGAACAAAAAGUGGAAGCGUCAUGCUCUAGUUGUUCAAAUGGAAACGAAGUCGAUAAAACUCCAGCUUCACCUACAAAUCCUUGGAAUGUCUGCUAUCAUCCGGGCUCCUCCUCGGUCCAGUCUCCCCUCUCGUUCAGAGAUUUGUUGGAAGACGAGGAGAGCAUGGUAACUACCAAUUCUUCAUGGAGGAAAAAGAGUAAAUUUUCAAGAUCGUCAAAGUCAUCCUCCAAUUUAAAAAAGGAUCCUGGAAUUGAAAAUGCUUGGCUCAAAAAUCAAGAGGAGUGUUCACCUCCAAAUCAUUCUUACAUGAAGUUUACCAAAAUACAAGAAAUGCAAGAAGAAGAAGUGGCUUAUAGAGAAUGGGAUAUGAAAAAACCGUUAUCACUUAUUCAGAUUGAGGACAAAGCAAUGGAGCAACUUCUUGAACAUUAUGGUGGCCAAUACAAUCCUUGUGAGUUUAUUUGUGUUGAACGAAAAAUGCGAUCUACAGAUAGUCCCGAUUGGGUUAAAUGAAUGUGUUGUACACGUGAUUACGAGCUAUCUAAUGGUAAACUUGACCUUAGAGAGUUCUUUUAUUAAUUGAAUCAAAUGAUAUAUUUUACGAAUAUGUAUUUUGUUUAAAAACAUAAUUUGCUUCUCUUGGAA